AUGUCAAAAGGAAAGAAGAAGAAUAACAAUAAUAACAAUAACAAUAACAAACAACAACAAGGCAAAAAGAAGAAACAACCAGAGUUACCUUCAAAUAUUCUUUUACUCAGUCCAUCACUAAGUCUUCAACAACAACCACCAAGAGAUCUAUCAUCGUUUAAAUGGGGUACCGAUUUUCCUUCUCUUCCAUCAUCGGCUAGUACUACACCAGUCAAUGUUGCAACAUCGAUCAACACGUUUGACAAUGAAUGGGAAACAGGAAGAGGUGCCACUAAAAGAACAAGAGUAUUUGAUUCAUCGUCUUUUAAUGGAAUGGCUGCUCAAAUAUCAAAUAUUGUUGUACCUCCCCCUCCACCAAAAAAGUCACCUCCUUUAAAUGUACAGCAACAACAACAACAUCAAGUCACCAAUAUUCCUUCCCCUAUCAACGCAAAUCAACAACAACAACAACAACAACAACAAAUUCAAAAUAUUACUAUGAAUCAACAGCAACAACGACCUAAUCAACAAGUUCAACAGGUUCAACAACCUACUACUAUUCAAGCUCAAGCACUCAUUCAACAAGCUCAAGCUUUUGUUCAAACACCACCCCCGCCUCAAUCCAUUCCUAUUCCCAAUCCUAUUCCUACUCAACAACAAUCAUCAAUACCUUUUAGUAAUUUUACUGCAGCCGAUAAUCCAAUGUUAAUUCAUAUAGAUUUGGCGGCAUGGGGUAUUGGUACCAAUGAAAAUGUUGUAGGCAAGGCUCUUACAAUGGCCAAACAUCGUAUGCAGAUAUUUCUGCGAGAAUUUGUCGAUGACAAUAACACUACAAAGAGAGGUUAUGCCAUUGAGAUUCAGAGAAUGCGUAAUGCAUGGGCACACCAACAGCCGAUCAGCAUCGACGACACCUUUAGACUUUUGGACUCUAUUGAGAAGUUUUUAAAUGAAAUUGAUGAUGACAAGGCUGCUAUGGAGAUCCAGAUGAUCAAGCAUACCAACUAUUUCUAUUCCUUUAAUAAGAAUUAUAAUCUUUUCUCGCUCAAGGAAAACUCUAGCAUUCAAGAUAUUUUUAACUUUGUGAAUAAUCUGAAUGGCUCUAUUGCCAAUAAUAACCAACAACCAACUCAAUUUCAACAACCUAAACAACAGCAACAGAAUCUCCAGGUUCAAGUCCAACAACAGCAGCAGCAGCAACAAGUUUCACCAUCUUCGGAUAUUAUUAUUAUUGAUGAGGACUUGAAUAUGGAUUCUUUAGAUGAUAUUGAUGUUGAUAAGUUGAGUAGUAAUAAUAAUUAUAAUUAUAAUAAUUUUAAUUUUAAUCAACAACAACAACCACAACAACCGCAACAACAACAAAAUUCACAACCAAAUAUGAAAAGAAAGAUGGAUGAAGAUUUGAAUAGUUAUAUGAAUAAUAAUAAUAAUAAUUUUAAUAAUAAUAUAAAUAAUCAACAACAACAAUCAAAUCAAACCCCAUUUAUCAACAAUCACUUUAAUAAUAACAAUAAUAAUUCAUCUUUUAAUCCAUUUUCACAACAACAACAACCAACAAUUAACUCGUUAAAUCAACAAGUAUCAAAUCCAGGCAUAUUUAAUUUUGGAAAUUCAAAUCUUAAUUUUAAUCAACAACAACAACAAUUAUUUCUUCAACAACAACAGUUACAAAAACAACAACAACAACAACAACAACAACAACAACAACAACAACAACAACAACAACAACAACAACAACAACAGGCAAAAAAAUUUAAUAAUAAUACAAAUCAAAGUGGUCAAGUUCUUUUAAAUUAUCUUAAUAAUAAUAAUAAUAAUCAACAUUUACCAAACAAUCAUAUUAAUAAUAAUCAACAACAACAACAACAACAACAACAACAACAACAACAACAACAACAACAACAACAACAAAAGAACAACAACAAUCCAAAACAAAACAAACAGAAUUUCCCAAAAAAACAACAACAACAACAACAUGGAAAGAAAAUUUAUAGUGAUGAAAUACCUCAAAAUUUAUUGAUGGAUUAG